GUUUGGAUGUUUUGUUGUUACUUUGCCUCGUUGAUUUUGUUUUGCUACUUUGCCCUGUUUUGUCUUCUUAUGUUUUUGUUAUCAGCUUUUCAAUAAAGCUCACCAUUUGUUUCCUUGAUCUGGCCUCCGCUAACUGCAUUUGGGUCCACCUCCCUUUCCAUAGUUUUCCCUUUUACCCCGACCUGACAGAUCACAAUGUUUAUUUCUGGACAUGGAGAGCCUCUUGUUUUCAAAAUGCACAAAUCUUUCAAUCAACUUUCAAGUCAAUCAUUACAGUGAAGUUAUAUUCCUGCAUUCACAAAUGAAAAAAAAGGAAAAAAUGUAUAUAAAGCAGAAGCAUUGGGAAAUAACAAUAUUGUUAAUCAGAAUCAGAGUAUUUAAAUAAUCUCAAGGGGAAAAUUAUUUUUGUUCCAGAUGCUCCAUGCAAAGUAGAAAUAGAAAUACAGCAUGAAUGGAAACAAGAGAUAAAGAUAAAGAUGAAAUGAGAAUAAAUGUAAAGUUUAAUGGCAACAGGCAGGAAUGACUUCCUGUGGCGCUCAGUGAUGCAUUUGGGAGCAAUCAGUCUCUGGCUGAAGGUGCUGCUCUGUUUGACCAGAGCGUUGUGGAGGGUUAAAGCCUCCUCAGAAAAUAGAGGCAGCUCUGUCCCUUUUUGUAAAUGACUACAGUGUGUUCUUAGUCCAGUCCAGCUUAUUGUCGAUGAACACCCCCAGAUAUCUGUAGUGUUGUCCGUGUUAUGCCCCAGGAUGGAAACUUCUGGAAAGUCUGUGGCAUAAAGGGUGAAGAGGAAAGGAGAGAGGACAGUCCAUUGUGGGUGCUGCUAACCACUGCAUCUGACACACAGUACCACAAGUGACAUACUGUGGUCGAUGAGUGAGCUAAUCCACAAUCCAGGACACAAGGGGGGGAUCCACCAGCAUUGUCGUCAUCUAGUCACCCAGUAGAGCCGGCCUGAUGGUAUUGAAAGCACUGGAGGAGUAGAAGAACGUGACCCUCCCCUGCUUGUCUAGGUGGGCGUAGACACGGUUCAGCAGGUAGAUGAUGGCAUCUUCAAUGAGGAGGCAGUAGGGAGAUUACAUCACCCAUGAACAAACGUUUUAACCACGUGGACGUGGUGUGGCAUGCUGACAGUAUCACGUGAAGUAGAUGUAAAGACAGAGGACAUAAAUAAAACGGAGGGCAGGUAAACCCGGCAGACCAGCUCUGAUUAUAGGGAAACACGCAGGGACUCUAACUGCCUAAGUGUCUGCAUAGGUAAAUGUUUAUGGAUGAUUUAAGAUUUUGCAUCUGAACUGUAAAGAUGACAUGUCCUCAGUGUUCGAGGACUACAACUACAAAAAUUCUUUUGUAUUUCAUUAAUAUCAACAGUUAAAUAUUCAUAUUUGGUUUUCAAUGCUUCUGUAAGAUGUUGCGCUUCAAUCAGUCUGAGAAUGUCCACAUCACUGCUGAACAGUCGUAUCAGGGAUUGGUAGAAAGAGUGUUGUUUUCCACACUGAUAGGAAUGCCAUGCUGCCUAUUCCUUUUUAUUAAUGGAACAAUGCUGUUCACCUUGAGGAGUAAAUCUGUGUUUUGUGAGACCUCUCGUUACGUUCUUCUGUAUAAUCUACUAUUUGCAGACACUGUACUGCUGGCACUGAGCCAGUUAAUGUACAUACUGGCUGUUUGUAGAAUAAGACUAACAUAUCCUGUCUGUGGUGUCUUUGCCAUGCUCACCAAUUUCACAAAUGAAAUCUCUCCACUCACACUGGUGGUAAUGUCUCUGGAGAGAUAUGUAUCUGUGUGUUACCCACUGAGGCAUGCUACCAUCAUCACCAUCAGAAACACAGGGGUGGCUAUUUGUGUUGUUUGGACCUUCAGUUUACUUAAUAUUCUCAUACGAGUUUGUUUGCUGUUAAAUUUUGCAUUUGAAGACCUGCAGAGCCUGCAGAUGACAGAUUCAUGCUCUGACAUAGCUAUGAUUCUUAGCCCAUUGUCUGAUCUUUAUGACAAAACCUACACUUGUUUUGUGUUCAUUUUAGCGAGUGUGGCAAUUACUUGCUCCUAUGUUGGUGUGAUGGUAGCAGCCAGGUCAGCUUCCACAGACAAAGCUUCAGCACAAAAGGCUCGAAACACACUGCUGCUGCAUCUGGUGCAGCUGGGCCUCAGUCUCUUAUCAACUAUGCAUACCUCUAUAGUUAUAUCACUCUCAACAAUCCUGCAACGAUUAGUUAUUGUACGCAUCAAGAGUGUUUUUUAUGUUUUUAUUUUCAUCCUCCCCAGAUGUCUGUGUUCUCUCAUCUAUGGGCUCAGAGAUCAGACCAUCAGGCCCGCCCUCAUGUACCAUUUAUGUGGUCAACUGAAACUCAGUUGUCCCAGUAAAGGCUGUGAUCCCUCUAAUAAUAGUGAAUGAUUCAAGGAUUAUUUUGAGAGGAAAAUAUUCGAAUAGAACAAUACUCAAUCUUUGUGUUUGAAAAUGUGGUCAAAUGCGAGAAUUGUUAAUAACAACCCAAAGUAGAACUGCUGCCACUGUAUUCAUAGCCCACUGUAGAGUGUGUAGUAUGUUAAGUAUUCAGCAAUACAUUUGUAAAAAUAUCUUAUUGACUUAGUAUUGCAUACUGAGAAUAAUCAAUAUAAUGACUUAAAUUUGGCCAUUUUACUAUAUUUAACCACAAUUCACCUUACUGCAAUGAAGUCCCAAGCCCAGUGGCAGGAAACUUAUUUUCAGGAGAUGAUGGCAGAUAACUCAGUAUAUCAUUUUGAAAAGAAUGCAUAUCACACUUUGUAAUUAAAAAAGGAUUUGACCCACAAUAUUUAUGUUCUAUGUCACAAUAUAUUUCAGCAAAAUAUAAUAAUGAAACAGAGUAAACUCUUAGAAGCUCAAAUACAUUUUCAAAGUUGGUAAAAUGUUGAAGCAAAUAAUUGUGUUGUUUGUAAAAUGUUUACAGUUUUGCAUAUUAAUGGAUUUCAAGGAGACAUUUUUCUAUGAUCUGCAUGUAACACCAACACUCACAGAGGACAAGAUUGUGAAUUGAAUAUUUUGGAUAAUUCAACUAACAUGUAUAUUGUAGUAAUAAUUGAGGCCAACGUGUUGAAUUCUGUAAUUUUACAUCAAUACAAUUUAAAUGAAUGUUAUAGUUGCUCAGCAUUUUGCCCAUAUUAUAAUUAAUAUUAUAUCUUUGAUUUGAAGACCUGAGGAGCCAACACGUAAAGGACACUUAUAACAUUGUUUUAUUGUUGUAUUGUUUGUAUGUUUGUUAUUACAGUAUGGACUGCUUUGAUUAUGUGUCGAUAUAUAUUUAAUAGUUUUAUUGUUUUAUAUGUAUGUGUGCAUUUUCAGAUAUAUUAAAAAACAUGUAUGUUAUUCUAUUGACAAAAAAAAAUGAAAUUCAGGACUACAAAAUUAUUAAAUGCUAAAUAUCAAAUCUAACUUACUGCAUAUUUGGGUCCUUUUGUCAAUACUCGCAAAUCAAUAUCAAGAUUUUCAUAAAAAAAUGAUCGGCCGUGUGUAACGUUACUGUGGCCGCAGCCUGAAAUAGAGAGCUGAACAGCGAAGAGGAUGUGAGAUUAUUCGCUUUACAGGGGAAGUGUACUUUCUGCACCCUGUGGUGUUCAGAGGAUUAGGCACAGAAGGACUGACGGACUGCACCCAGUGUUGGAAAUAAAAUGUUCAGAUUUAUUUUCAUGUGGAUAGGCCAGCUGGUGGAAAACUGAUGUUGAAGAGUUAGGUUAAAGUAUGAAUAAAAUGUCCUCUCAUCUAUGAGGAAUUUAAUUUAAAAAAACAUAUGCUACUGGGUUUUAUUGUUUGCAGUGUUGUAAAAUGUAUUUAGAAGUCAAACUUUGGGAAAAGAAAUGUUGAAAUAUGGUAAAAGUUAAAGUCACCUAUGUGAGUGGAGCAUGAGUAAAAGUCUGACAGUAACUGGUGCAGCAUGUACUUACAUUGUAACUGAAGUUAUCAAAUAAAUAUAGUGGAGUAAAAGAACAAUAUGUGCCAUCAAUUAUGUUGUAGAGUGGAAGUAUAAAAUAGCAGGACUUGGAAAUACUCAAGUAAAGUACAAGUACAUCAACAGGGUAUUUAACUAUAGUAUUUGAGUAAAUGUACUUUUACAUUCCAUCACUUUUUUAUAGGAUAUUGUCCUGUGUUGAUGCUCUAUCCUUGUGAUUACUGUGUCCUUACACUUAACUGUCACGGGCGG